GCUGUCUUUGCCUAUUUAAAAACACACCAACCCAUUUCACUCUUUGCUCCAAAACUUCUUUGUAGAGUUUCUGAACUAAUAAUUAUUUGAUUGAUUAUGGGAAAGUCACUUGGUUCUGACAAAAAUGGACUCAAGAAAGGUCCAUGGACUGCUGAGGAAGAUCAGAAACUUGUUGAUUAUAUUCAGAAUCAUGGCCAUGGCAAAUGGAGAACCCUUCCCAAGAAUGCCGGGCUCAAAAGAUGUGGAAAGAGUUGCAGGCUUCGGUGGACAAACUAUUUGAGACCUGAUAUCAAGAGAGGGAAGUUUUCAGUCGAAGAAGAAGAAAUCAUUAUACAAUUGCAUAAAGUUUUGGGAAACAAGUGGUCUGCAAUUGCUUCUCACUUACCUGGAAGAACUGAUAACGAAAUCAAGAACUAUUGGAACACUCACAUCAAAAAGAAACUUUUGAGAAUGGGAAUUGAUCCAGUCACUCAUAGCCCUCGCCUUGAUCUUCUUGAACUAUCUUCAUUUCUUAGUUCAACUCUCUGCAAUCCAUCCCAAGUCAAUGCUUCGAACUUUCUCGGUCUAGGACCGUUUUUCAAUCCAGAGUUUCUGAAUUUAGCCACCACCCUCUUAUCUUGCCAAAACAGAGAUCAGGAAUUUAGCCCUCAAAAUGUUCAAGGAAACCUCAACCAAAUACAAUCCUUUCACCAAAAUCUGCUUCAGUGCCCUGUUCAAACCUACACAAAGCCAGAAAGUGACUCAAGUCCUCAAUUUCUGAAUGAAUCCCAACUCUUGCAAGCCAAUUUGGAACAAAUUUCUCAAGACCCCAAUAGCUUUAGUUGGCAAAAUUGUCCACCAAACUUUAUUCAGGAUAAUACAGAGUGUUUCAAUAUGCCAAAAGAAUAUACUCAAACACCAAACUAUGGCUAUCAGCACAGUUACGGUACUAGUCAAUCCAACAGGAUUGACCCUCUAUCCCAAAACCAAGCAAUUCUUUCCGACAUUAAUGGUGGCAAAAUCCCAAAUAUGAGCUUUGGUUCGCUUCUAUCUACGCCUUCCUCUAGCUCGACUCAGUUGAAUUCAUCAUCUACAACGUAUGUCAAUGGUAGCACUGAAGAUGAGAGGGACAGUUACUGCAGCAACGUGUUGUUUGACAGCUUGGAUGCCAUUGGACUUUUGUAAAACAACAUAUGUCAAAUUUGAGAUUCAAACUUAAUGUAACUGUACAAUCUCUGUAUUAACUUUUAUGAGUAUUUAGUAAUUGAAAGAGAAGAAGAAGAAAACA